AAAAACACAAGAAAUAAAAUGUCAAUGUAAAUAUUUUGCCCAGUGAUUAAUUUAAUACAGUUAUAUUCGUCAGUUCAUCACGUAUUUUCAAUUUUAUGUAACUGAUGUGUUUUUCAUAAUAAUAAAAUAUAAAGAUGGCGCAGGUGAAAUUUAUUUACAUUUUUUUCACCUUAUCAUGCUUACGUUAUGCGAGCAUGACGUACAUACAAGCGGAACCUGAGUUUGAUCUACUUAUAUUUACCCAACAAUGGCCAGCAACUGCUUGUAAAGAAUGGAAAAAACAUGACGCUUCACAUACAUGUGUCAUGCCAACUAAUGUGGAUACUUGGACGAUUCACGGCAUAUGGCCUACUAAGUUUGGCUCUAUGGGGCCAGCAUUUUGCAACAGAACUUGGUUAUUUGAUCCUGAAAAGAUAAGACCUAUUGAGGACCAACUUACACAUGUCUGGGUCAAUAUUUUUGGAGGAACUUCGCUCUACUCUCUCUGGGCUCAUGAAUGGAGUAAACAUGGAACUUGUGCUGCCGUUUUGGAACCACUAAAUUCUGAAUUGAAAUAUUUCUCUACUGGUAUUAAUUGGUUGCAGAAGUAUUCUAUGACCAAUAUACUAAAGGCAGAAAAUAUUGUACCAUCAAAUACAAAGGAAUAUUCUAUCGUAGAUAUAAAUAAAGCUAUCAAAGAUAAAAUCAAUGUUGACCCUGUUAUUGAAUGUAAGAAAGAAGACGGAGAGAGCUACAUAUCAGACAUACGUAUUUGUUUCACGAAGGAAUUUAAAAUUGCAAACUGUGAUGGAGUUGUCACUCGCAAACAGAUUGGUGAUCAGUCCAUUCUAACAAAUUGUAAAACAUCUAAAAAUAUUAUCUAUCCUCAUUAUAACAAGAACAGUUUUUAUGUCCAAGUGUACAAAUUAGUUUCAUGGUUGCAGUGGUUUACUUUAUAAAUCAAUAUAAUUGUAACUAUUUGUAAAUAUGAAUCAUGUUUCCUUUUUUUUUUAUGUUUAUACCAACUCUGUAAAUAUUGAAAUGUUUAUUAUAAUGUUAUACAAAAUAUUGAAAUAGUACAAUAACCUUAACAAUUUUUGUACCUAUUUUCAUUGAUGAUAAGAAAAGGUGAUAAUUGAAAUAUGAGAUUAUUUAGUCUCUUUGAAAAUUGUACUUACAAUUUAUUGAAAAAUUUAUUAUUGCAGGGUAAAAAUAGAUAAUAUUUAAUAAAAAGAAUCAAAUAUUAAAUAUGAUUACAAUUUAUUUGAGUAUUCUUAAUUUUUAAAAUAGUAGAAUUGCAUAAUGUAGAUAUUUUACAAGCUUUAAUUUAACCUAUGGAUGAAAUAUUUCAAACAAAUUUUAUUUGAACCAAUUAUUCCCUACUAAUUGACCAGCAAUUUUUCAAAUAAUUUUGAUGUCGGUGAUACUAUAAACUAAUGUAUUCAAUUGAAUUAGUUUUAAUGCAAAGAUUAAAUAAAACCUUUUGGCUAUCCUUUUAUUUUUUGUGGAAUAUACCAUUAUAAAUUUAUAUAUUACCUUAUUUGUUUUAAAAAUUACAUAAAAUUUAAUCAAGUAUAUUAUACAGCAACUUUGUCAUUGAUUAAUUUAUCAUUGGGAGUCAAGGCGGAUCAGGAAAUAACAAUUAGGACAGUUUACUUAGUUAGUUAUUAAUCCUAAUCCUGAGUCAGAUAGUUUUUUUAUGUAAUUCCUAUAUGAAGACGCUUAGAAUUGUUUAAAAAAAUUUAUGAUGUAUUAAGUAUAUUACGAAAUAUAAUAUCAACAUGAACAGGAAAGAAUAUUUUUAUACUCGUAAGAAUGAAAUGUAGUUUGCACAAUAAAACAUUUGUUAUCUGA